AUUCACCAUUCACCUCUGGCGGUUCAUGUCCAAGACCUUCUUGCCCUGGCUGGUUGUUGUCGAGACGUUGAGACUGUCACUUAUACGAGUUUGAAGAAACUGAGGGGCGGUUGUCUACCGUACAGUACCACAACACGACAAAGCUUAGAGGGACGAUAGCACCAUUUUGCAGACCUGUGCUGAAGGAAGAAGAUGGCAGACGAUGGCGGUACACCCAACAACAAUAAUGUCAAGAAGAAGAAGACGAAACGGGGCAGCACUCGGAACAAGGAGGGGAUGUCAUCGUCUGGGCGGGUUUCUUCUUCGCGGCGUGGCCGUGACAGCACGACGGAAGGAGUCGAAGAACAGAGACAGCGAAGCCAAAGCAACGACAAGAAACCCCGUCGCGAUUCUCGAAGAAGCAGUGGGAUCGGCAUGGGCGCAUCGGGCAAACAUCACGACGGGGCCAACAAGUCUCCUGCACGAAUACGAAAGUCAAAGGCUUCUGCAGAUCCAGGAACAGCAGCACCACAACAGCAUCAUAGCAGUCGAGGAGAACGAACGCAACCCAACAAGAACGAGCGCAGUCGAUCCCGAAGUCCUACUCGAUCACCUUCCAAAACCGAGAAAGGCGGGGCUCCUCGAUUGCCGCAUAGAACCGUCAGUGGAUGCUCAGAGCUUCAAGCUACAUUGGAUGCGGCGAGAAAUAAACCAAAGGACAAUUUUGAGGAGGCCAGCCUGGGAGACUUCCAGAAAUACUCGCAACAACAAAAGGACAAACGGUCAACUGGACUCGCUGGUUCCACGUUGAGUAAGAAUAUGAUUCCAGAAGCCAGUCUGGGGAGCUUUACCGCAUUUCACAAAAAUUACCAACAAGAGGCUUUGCUGGGAUUGCACGAUGACGACGAAGACCCCGUAGCGCCCUAUGGAGGCAAAAAUAAGAAGCAAACCCCGCCUCAACUACUGCAACAACAAACACAACAGCAACAACAUGAACAAUCGGCCAGUCUUGGGAAUCUCAUGAAUCCAAUGAAACAAUACGGGGGUGGCGCUGUCAAACCGUCCACUGCGGGUGUAGAAGCAAGCUUGGGAAGCUUCACAGCCUUUCACAAAAACUACGAGCAAGAACAAUUACUGGGGCUUCACAACUCCAACAUGAGUGCAGCAAUACCACCUCCAUCACAAGCAGCAACAGCAAAGGAAAGUGGAUCUGUCAUCCCGGAAGAAAGCAUGGGAGAUUUCGUGCAAGCGGCAAGCAAAGAAAAGGCAUUGUCGCAAAAAACAGAGACGCCAGAUCGGCAUGGGAGGUCCUCAAAACCCAAAAAAGGGGAACGAGACUCGGACGCAAAGGAAAAAGAAUUUGAUCCAGCAACAAUGCCAAGUUCCAGAAUAAAGUACUUGGGAAAGCGUGGGGGCGUUGGCUACAAAAUCAUGGUCGACACACCCGGGGGACACUCUCCUGAGCCCAUGAAGAUUGUUGUGGCUAUUGAAUAUGAAGAUGACGACGACGAUGGAGAAUCAGAUGAUUCAGAUGACAGUGAGCACGACGACGAGAAUGAAAACCCCGUGGAGACUAGUGCUGCCGAGUCCGUGACAUCGUGGCAUCGACAAUCUUCUAAAAAGCCAGGACAAGACAGUAAACUCAUGGACAGUGGGCAAGUUCCAAUAGCCCCAACCAUACAGGACAGUACUGCGACCAAAGAUAAGGCGCCAACCCAUCAUCGAAAGAAACGCCACCCGCGAAAAACGUCAGAAGAUGGGACGAAACAAAAACCGACAAAAGAAGACGAGGAGGAGGAGAAUCAUUCCGAGGAAGACGACGACGACGACGACCAAGUAGCUCCGCUUGCUGCAAGUCUAAGUCGUUGGAGUAACCCGCCAUCAUCAGGUGGGCCUGCACUGAACCAGCCGGAAAGAGAAAAGUCUGGUCAUUCGCGUUCUACAUCAACAAACUCGACCAUGUCGUCCGUUACUUUGGAAUCAGUGCUAGAACGCGGAGCCGUGGCGAUUCAAAGUGACGCCUGUCCCUCGAAUGCAAAUGCACUCCAACGACAACCCGCUGGGAAACCCAGGGUUCGUAGGGCAUCCGGAGCAGGCAGUCUUAGACGACCGUCCGUCGCACCUCACAAUUUGGGUACAAAGAGGGGUCUCUUGCUGCGACAACAAUCGGAGGCUUCCAUGAUGUCAACUGGAACAACAAAAUCCAACGAUUCUUCGUGGCAGGGGAACAACGACAUGCCCGAGGAUUAUCAGGCCUCGUUCAUGCAAUUGAACCUCAUGGACCUUGAGAAAACGCAAAUACAGACCAAUGAGUCUGUGCAGCAAACGCAGCUACCUGAUGAGCUUAAAUCAGGGGUCGAGCUUAUUGGACGGAGCAACCACAAUCAACAGGGUGAUUCUCCCAAAAUGGAAUUGGAAAGCAUUCCUGAAGGGAGGGACCCCACAGUCGCUGCGUCUGAGUUGCUUGGGAUGAAGACCAUGUUGAAGCACAUUAAAAGGGUUGCACCGAAGAGAAGCAGAUCCUUCGAAUUCGACCGAAAUAUGCCGAAAGAAAUGUGGAACAAAAUGUUUGCCAAGUCCCAAAAAGGUGCUUUACCAGGCAGCCAGUACGUGGACGACGACGAUUCGAUCGAGCUUGAGGAGGAGGAGGAGAAAGUGGAGAGCACCAAAAAUGAAGAAGCGGAUACAGCAGCGCAACAAAAGGAUGACAAAGGCGUCGGCGGCGAAACGGGAGACGGGACAUCUACAAGUGUCACAGCCGGACUAUUCAACACGAUCAAGAGAGUGACAAGUCUGGGUCCUACUGUACAGUACGGUCCAUCGGAUAAGGAAAAGACCGCGCCUGCGAAGGAAAAGUCGAUCUGGAGUUCGGCAAUGAAGAAAGUUCUUCCGACAAUGAAUUCGACAGAGGACGAAAUUGAUCCCUCGCAACUAGAGAAUGACAAGGAUGCCAUUGACGUUUCUGAAAAGUCUUUGGAAUUGGAAGGCAUAUUGCAGGAAUUGGACCAAUCAUUGGCCAUUAACGAUGUUGACCUCGCACCAGAGCCACCAACCCUUACUCCACCGGCACAUCGCCGCCGGUCAGAGGAUAGAGGAGAUGGUUCUGCCAGAGGCCCCAGGACAGGAACUCAUUUGGGCAACGAAGCGCCAAAGAAGGGGGGCACAGCGCGCACCCGGGCUGCCAGAGCACAGCAAGUACAUAAUCGGUCCUUGAGAGACACGUUGGAUUUUCUUUCAGCGGAGCAGGACGACGACGAGCUGCCACAACUGGACGCCAUCAAGGAAGAGGAUCCAAAGCAGCGGAAGCCACGAGUUAGAGCACGUCGCAAGCCUCCGAACAGGACCAAAUCGGACGACAGCGGAAUGGGGAGGGCAGCGCCCUCGAGAGCUAAAUCAUCCGAUGCCUCCGGACGAGGUUUGAUGGCUCGGACUCGAUCUAACGAGAGCUCCCCGGGGCGGCCAGUACGAGAAUCGGUGAAAAAGCUGCACUCUAGUUUCUCUGGAGUGGAUCCAAGUGACCUUCCCGGAAGAAGCAGGGAAAAGAAAGAAGCCCCGCCAAGAACGAAGUCAAGGGAUGGCCCGGGGCAUCAUCACAAGGACAACUCAGUCCGCACUGGGAGGGCCGACAAGGGGCUGCGAGGAUCGGCCGGUAGAAAGCAGAGACCUGUGCGAAAGAAAUCUACGGAGGAACCGCAGGAAAAAGCGGAAUCCUCAGGGCACUAUCGGGGAGUACGGAUUCCAAAAAAUGCCACGGAGAACGAGGUUCGAGAACUCCUAGACUAUCAUUAGCUAACCAGGCAGAUUAUGUGCGUCUCGCUCUCUCGUUUGUUUAAACAGUAGAAGAAUUCUCCCAAGCACUGGCUACUGUUAUGUAUGAAGAUUCACAUUAGAGCGGACGCAAGUAGCGAGGACCCGGUCUGGGAUUCACCCAGCGCUUGCGUGUCGGUACGAUGUCAUCGUCGGGGUUCUUGGAUGCGAGGUUGGAUUUAGUGGCAUCGAAACUGGUUGGUUUGGGGGACGGAACAGAGCUGAACUGUCGAGAGCUGGGUUGUACUGUGCUCGGUUGAGACACAGUCUUAUUCGCCACGGGAGGGGCUUGCUGUAUCGUUGCGCUUGGCUUCCUUUCGAUAGCUUCCACUGCUUCUUCCUCUCCAGUGGUGUCGUCGUCUUCAACAUCAAGCGCCAGGUCAUCGUCCUCACCCCAUCCAUCAUCUAAGCCAAGAUCUUCGUCAUCAUCAAUAUCGUCUUUUUGCGCUGUUUGGGGCGCCGGAACAGGUACAGUAGGGGCAGCAGGAACAGGAAGCUGUGCAGGUUGCGACGGAGCCGGUGGCGUGGGAAGAGGUUUCGUCAUGCGACUUAGCCAAGGAGAAGUCUUCUUUUCGGGCUGUGUUGCUGGUAUUGGCUGUGACAGAGGUGCAGCCGGUGGCCCUUGACUAGGAGUGGGCUUUUCUUCCUGGCGAUAUAACUGAACCAUUGGAGCAGCUCCCCCUGCAGGCCGAGGAAAACUUGAUGGAGGCUGUGGCGGUGCAUGUGGAUUGCCGUAAUGCUCAUAGAUCGAAGGAUCUUCUUCUGGCAAAGUCACCGACUUGGCAAUCGCCCCCAUGAAGCUCCCCAAUAGUGAUGUUGGACGGGCCUGAGGCACUGCCGGUGGUGGUCUCGCAGCUUGAGGUGGAUAGGACACAGGGACCGUGUCAUCUCCAGUAGGCAUGAUGUUGUUGGAGAGCCUCUGUUGCUGCUGUGCAUUAUUUUGUAAUUGUCUCUGAUAGGCUUCCUGUUCCUGCAUGGCGGCUUCCAGAACCGAGCCGUCUGUUGUUGGCAGUAUCUUUUGCAUCAUGUUCAUUUUAGUGGAGAAACCGGCCACAGAAUCCAGUUGUUUCCAUGCCGACUUGAGUCCCACGGUUGAGUUCUGGAGCAUGUUUUGGGAUUGUUGCAGAAAGACAUCACGAAACGUGUCAUUGUCCUCGAACGGAUUUGGUCCACCAGGAGUUUGUGGAAACGGUGACAUGGGCGGAUGUUCCAAUAGACCUGAUUCUACCAAGAAUUGAGCCGUGGGCCGCAAUACUUCCAUCGAUGGAAUAAUGAUAUCCAUGGUUUGCAGUUUGUAGUCAAUUGUGGCAGGAUCUUGUGGAUUCGUUGGGACACCCAAUGCAAUGUGGACUUUUAAAUUUGCCACAGGAUAUCUGUCACCAGAUGGUUCCGGCAGGGACAGUACCAACUGACUGGUGCACUCCACGAGGCCACCUUCAAUGCCUGGACUAAAUCUUAGGACAAACUUGCAAGCAUUCGCCAGACAGGUCGCCAUGUAUUGAGGGCGAACAAGUCCAUCAGGCUUUGUCAUGACUUGUAACAAAUCUGCCAGCAGAGAUUGAUUGGCACAGCGUACCAACAAGUCGAGCUCAUUCUGUAGCUUAAAUAGCUGUGCAAUUUCUUGCUUGUUGUCGACCACAGUGGGCUCUUCGCCGCUGGCAUGUAGUAACAUGACUUGAUAAUCCAUGCGAGCGAGCUCCUUUUCGAUCGUGUACUCGCGCAAUUGCGGCCUCUCGCGGUAGUAAUGAAGCAACUCUUGCGCCUUUUCGGGAUGAUUGUAUUCUGCUUGAAGCACAGCAUUGAUGGAAGGCAGAAGAAUCAUGAGAGAUUCCACAUACGAGACGAGCUCGUGGUACACAUUUUCCACUUGUGGAUUGGAUUUUUGUCGCGGAGCUGGAGUUUGAACCUGAAGAGGCUGAGGAUCCUCUGUAUCCGACAAGUCCAGGUCAUCGUCAUCACCCCACCCCGAGUCUUCUGUCUGUGCGGCAACUGGGGGUGGUGCCAACGGUUGGUCCACUUCCAGAUCAUCCAGAUCGUCGCCCCAUCCUUCUCCUUGGUCAACAUCUGCUGACGGAUUCAAUUCGCCUACAUCGUCUUCGUCGUCAAUCAGAUCGUCGAGAUCUUCGCCCCACCCGUCAUCAAAGUCGUCGUCGGCCAUUGUCUUUUUGCUGUAUCCUCGUUUUUAUGUCCACUCGAUCAUUCAGAACUGUCAUCAUGUUGGCUUCGAUGAGAAGGGUACCGGUACAUGUACUGGUAUCCGCCAUCGACUGUUAGCGGUUCUGAUAGCUUUAAAACAGCUUGACCAGUCGCUGAGCUGGCUUUGUCCUCGUGACCUGGACAGGAAGCCUGCUUUGUAAGAGG